AUGCUUUUGACAGCUCGAAAAACAGGGGCUAAUAAUCGCUCCUCUUUGUUGCCAUCCUGCACAGAGUCCCCAAUUCUCUGCCUCACAGCCAAGUCGAACAACCGAUCUGUCUUUGCUAUCAGCUUUCAUCGGCAGUACCACAAUAAUAGACCCGAUAUCUCUCCUUCAGUUAACUUCACGUUGGCUCGAUCCGUCAAUUCCGGCAGGCUUUUCUGUGCCCCCGUUUGCAGCCCAGCUUACCUCGCUGGUCGGCAGUCCCCUGCCUUCUUCGGCUGCGGGCUUUCUGGAAACACCGCCAGCGAGAUGCUCCCAAUUGAUGGUUCUGAAGCCAGACUUCAGGGGCUCUUACCAUGUCUGUCAGCUUUGGUGUUGCUGUCUCCCGGGAUUGCUUUCAAUUUGUAUCAUCCUACAGCGGGCUGUAAACCCGUCUGCUUCCUGUUGUCGAGGAGUUUAAUGCAGACCUCGGAGCAGCAGCAGAUUAGCAGCAUGCAUAAAGAAAAAGAUGACACCAAAUUGAGCGGGACUGUUGAUCUGCUCGAAAGUAGGAAGGCUCUGCAGAGGGAUCUGGACAGGCUGGAUCGAUGGGACCAGGUCAAUCAUAGGAGGUUCAACAAGGCCAAGUGCCAGGUCCUGCACUUGGGUCACAACGACCCCAUGCAGUGCUACAGGGAGGCUUGGGGAGGAGUGGCUGAAGUUUUCAUACUUCUAGUGUCUUGGCUUUUUAAUCCAACAAGAAGUGAAAUAACAAGUCUAGAUAGUGGAAAUAUAGAUGACAUUUUAAACAAUGCAGAUGUUGCUUUAGUUAAUUUUUAUGCUGAUUGGUGCCGCUUCAGCCAAAUGCUGCAUCCUAUUUUUGAGGAGGCUUCUAAUGUAAUUAAGGAAGAAUAUCCAGACAAGAAUCAAGUGGUGUUUGCUAGAGUAGACUGUGAUCAGCAUUCGGAUAUAGCUCAGAGAUACAGGAUAAGCAAAUAUCCAACUCUGAAACUCUUCCGGAAUGGAAUGAUGAUGAAGAGAGAAUACAGGGGCCAGAGAUCUGUGACAGCAAUAGCAGAUUAUAUCAGGCAGCAAAAGAGUAACCCUAUUCGGGAGGUCCAGGAUUUGGAAGAAAUCAAUUCUCUUGAUCGCAGCAGAAGAAGUAUUGUUGGAUACUUUGAGCAAAAGGACUCUGACAAUUACAGAACCUUUGAACGAGUAGCGAAUAUUUUGCAUGAUGAUUGUGUAUUCCUGUCUGCCAUUGGGGCUAUUUCAAAAGCAGAGAGAUUUAGCGGAGACAAUGUAAUCUACAAGCCACCAGGGGAAAAUGCUCCAGAUAUGGUGUAUUUAGGCUCGCUAACCAAUUUUGAUUUGAUUUAUGCAUGGACACAAGAUAAAUGUGUACCACUAGUUCGAGAAAUUACAUUUGAAAAUGGGGAGGAACUGACAGAAGAAGGCCUUCCUUUUCUCAUACUUUUCCACAUGAAAGAUGACUUGGAGAGUUUAGAGAAAUUCCAACAGGAGGUUGCACGACAGUUAAUAAGUGAAAAAGGUACAAUAAACUUCCUCCACGCUGACUGUGAUAAAUUCAGGCACCCACUCCUCCAUAUUCAGAAGACUCCAGCAGACUGCCCUGUUAUUGCCAUUGAUAGCUUUAGGCACAUGUAUGUCUUUCCAGACUUCAGUGACUUGUCAGUUCCAGGCAAACUGAAGCAAUUUGUACUAGACUUGCAUUCUGGAAAAUUGCAUAGAGAGUUUCAUCAUGGCCCUGAUCCAACUGAUGUAGCACCUGGUCAGCCAAUUCAGGAUUUAGCAAGCAGCCCACCAGAGAGCUCAUUCCAGAAACUGGCACCCAGUGAACAUAGGUACACCUUAUUGAGGGAAAAAGAUGAACUUUAAAAACUUGAAAUAAUCUUGCAAGCCUUUCAGACAGCAGCAUUGACUUCGGUGUGGUGGAAAUAGUAAACCUAUAUUUUCAUAAUUCUAUGUGUAUUUUUAUUUUGAAUAAACUGAAAAAUAAUUUUUUUCUCCCCAGGCUUGUAAAUACAUUUGUUUGGUGGGUCAUUCUGUACAGCAUCUUUCAAACAGUACGUUCCUAAUGCUACAGUAAAAUAGCAGAGACCCAUCCAGACUCUCGAUCUAACCUUUUAUAAUCCAAAUGAAGGUAUCCGUGCCAGAGACAUACUGUUAACUUGCACUAUCCCAUUAAAUAGGGCUUUUGGGUUGUUUUCUGUGUAACCUUGGUAGUAUGUGCUUUUUCUUCUUCAUGUGAACAGCUAUCCUGGUAAUCUAUUUCUUUGUCACAUUUUUCUCCAACUUAAGAGGGUCUUCUAUUCUGGAUACUUGGGAGGGGAAUAAAUUAAAGUUUUACAGAA